AUGACAGUUGAAAUAGAAGACAUCCCUUUAAUUGAUACUGAGCAGGACUUGGACCACAUGUUGAAACCAACACAAAUGUGGAUGAGACAAAUUUCAAAAAAAAGUUGGGUAGAGUGUGUAUCACAAGAAAAUGUUAUGAAGUCGUAUACCCUUCCCACAGAGAACGACCAACAUUAUUAUAAAUAUGUUAUUCAUAUUGAGAAAAGUAAACUCAAAUUAACCGAGGACUUACAAGAUGUCCCUUUAAUGAAGUCAUUGAACCCAAAUCUUCAACAGGGAGAAACUUUAUUGAUGAUCGAGGAUAUCAGCCUUAAAAGAGAUGUCCAAACACUGACAUACGCUGCGAUGGCAUAUCCUCGUGAAUUUGUGUAUGUCUUAGUCCAAUACAAAAGCGAAGGAAAGUACUAUGAAGUGAGUUCAAGUGUGAAUUCCACUCUAGCAAAUGUGUAUGAUCCAAAUCAAGUCCGAGGAUACAAGAAGAUUGGUCUUUGUUUGUAUGAUGAUGUUAUCAAUGUCUCAUCAAUCAUCGAAAUAUACGUUGUUGUUGAUAUAAGAGGAUGGGCGUUGGGAUAUGUCUUUGAUAGAUUUGCGUUUGCACAAGUGCUUCCUUAUGUCAAUUUGAAAGUCUCUAUUGAGUCUCAAUUACCAAAGAACCCACCUCCACAAGUCACAACAAUUACACCCCAAGUCCAACCGCAAAAUGAUAAAAACAGUGGCAAAACAACGACCACAGAAAGUAAAGAAAAAACAGAGAAAGUUGACGUACCAAAACCAAAAACACCACGAAAAGAAGUUCAAGAGGACAAGAAGAGUAACGACAAGACAAAAGACCUUGAGACGAUUUCUAAAGAGAAGGAAGAGCAAGACAAGAAAAAGAAAGAGGAAGAGGCUACUAAGCAACGUGAGAAACAGAGACAAGAGGAAGAGGACAAGAAGAAGAAAGAAAAAGAAAAAGCGGACCUUGAGAAGCAAAAGAAAGAAGAAGAAGUCAAAAAACAGAAAGCCAAAGAUGACGCAAAGAAACAAAUUGAAAAAGAGAAAGCCGAAGCCGAGAAGAAAAAAAACGAACAAAAGGAAAAAGAAGAAAAGGCCAAAGAGAAAGCAAAAGAAAAACAAAAAGAUGAGGAAGAGAAGAAGAAAAAGCAGAAAGAAAAGGACAAAGAACAAGAGAAGAAAGCAAAGGAAAAGCAAAAGGAAGAGGAGAAAAAGAAAGAGGAAAAAGCGAAGAAGGAGAAGGAAAAGAAAAAAGAGGAGGAAAAGAAACGCAAAGAAAAGGAGGAGAAAGAAAAGAAGAAAAAGUGA